AUGGAAUCGUCCAUUCCAAAAUGCAUUUCAUUCCCUCAAAAUUAUUCCAUCCGUCCCCCCCCCCCCCGUUUUUUUUUCCAUUUCAUUCCCUCUUCCCCCUUCAUUAACAACACCAUAACCCUCCACCGUUGCUACCACACACACACACACCACCACCACCACCGUCAUCCGCCGUCGUCACCCACCUCCGCCGCCACGGCCACCACCUACCGCCGCCACCCACCGCCGUCGUCGCCACCCACCAUCGCCACUGCCACCUCCGAUCAUCGCCACCACCCACCUUCGAUCAUCGCCGCCACCAUUGCCACUACCACCUCCGAUCACCGCCGCCACCGAUCACCGCCGCCAGCGCUAUCAACCACCACCACCCACCGCUACCACCUCCGACCACCGUCGCCGCUGCUACCACCUCCGACCACCCAUGCCACCACCAUCGCCAUCACCGCCACCUACCUCCACCGUCAUCCACCACCACCACCGUUGUCACCAUCCGCCGUUGUCUCCACCCACCACCACCGCCAACCACCGCCGCGGCGCCGCCGCUACAACUGA